CGUGAACCACACCCGACAAAUGACAAGUACUCUGUAUUCGUCCAGACAGUAUUACUCCGUAGGCUUGAGGUGCAUCUAUCCCGGCCCAAAAUGAACAUCCAAAUAUUGCCUAGCAUCAAAUCUUAGCCCAGGUACCUUCCUACAGACUGCAUGCUGAGGUGCUCAGGUAUGGAUACCUAGGUACUUACCCUGCCACGCCUGCCUCCACUGGCUAUGUCACUUCCAAUGCACUCUGCCCACCUGCACUAACACUACCAUCUCAAAGGCGGGCGCGCGACACAAAAAAAAAACUACACCCUUUGCACUAAGCUUCCCAAGAUUUCCUCUUCCGUCCUGGUCGCAACUCGUCCUCCUGGCCUCAAUUCGUCGUCCGUUUUCUUCGGCUUGUCUUGGUCUGUCUGGCUGGUGGCUCAUGCGCAUCGGCUUCUCUUUCUCUCUUACCCUCUUUCUUUCUCGAGCACCACUCUCGAGUCUCUCGCUCUCUGUCAACCAAGUCUCAACCUGCCGCGCUUGCUGUACCGGCUUCUUCUCUCCUCCACCUCCCCAGACAGACCUCAUUUCACACCUAGGUCAUCUUCUUUUCUCCAUUGCCAACCUAACGCUCAGCUCAGCUCCGACUCUCCUCCUCCUCCACCGCAACUUUCUUCUCUCCAACAUCUACGUUUCGAGCUGGCCAUCCCUCCGCUGGUCGCAUGAUAUCCAUACCACCUUUCUGCUCUCGUUGUUGAAUCUCAGCUUAUAUCCACCAUCGCUACAUAUACCAAUUGGCUUUCUACUACUUCCAACACGCCCUGCUAUCAUCGUCCGGACAGAAUCUUUCUUGCAUCACCGUCGCACUCAGCGUCAGGUACGUUUGUUGCGAGUCUCUUUCGUCUGUACCUUCCCGGUCCUUCCACACCCACCUGUGCACACCCAACCCUCCGCGCUGCCGUCUCCUGGUCAGCACAUCAAGCAAAGUUACCAUCAACGGAUACUGUACUGCCUCUCCAAACUCAACAUACCCCCAUGUUCGCCUGUCCGCGUCGAAACUCAGUCACCCGUUCGUCGCCCCGGUCGAGCCAAGGACCGCGUCUUCCUCGUUCCCCUGAACUGCACGGCAACCUCCUCAGCUCUUAUAUGGAUUGAUCGUCUCUGCCACGCCGAUACUUCGUACCGAACCAUUUCACCCGAUUUCCCACUCCCACUCCUACCCCCGACACAGUCUCUUCGUCAGUGCCACACGUUCUGCAAGACGUGGUUACCACGCAUGAAUCUCUGUCUACCUCUACCCCCCCAAGUGGAUCACACCCAGGUCCUUCACUGCCAUGCGAACGUGGACCAGGUGUUUCAGCUCUGCAAUCGCCGUCGCCUGCUCGAUUGACAAAAAUCAACUUGGCUAACAACUCAACUUGCGCAGCCAUCCGUCAUACCCUCCCGGUCUUCCCUUUCGCAUUAUCAUUUCUGUAAUAGUCGCAAACGCCUGUCAAUACUUCCGAGAUCACUUGAAGGAACCCAUCGUCAUUCGCUCGCGAGAUACUACCAUUACCAAUAUUUGUGUCGCCUCAAUCUAAUCUCCUGUGGUCUCACCCGGGCCCAGGAGACCUGCAGUACUGGUUUCCUCGACUUAUAGACCCGGACUUCCAGCAAACAUGGCCAACACAAGUGCUGAUCCGGCCGCUGUGUCGCUACCAACUUCUGGUCUCUCUUCGCCCCAAUUCCAGACGAGGUCGCGCACCCAGAGCGUGUCAAGCGAUCGCCCUUCUACCAUUAUGAGCGCUGGCCUGAUGUCGCCUCCUCUCUCCGUAACACCCGAACCCGCCUUCAUUGCCGCCUCGGCCGCUUCUCAGAUCGUUACCAACGAUCACGAUAGUCACGCUGACACCUGGUACGAUCAACAUGGAAUCGAACCCGCAGGAGAGACGGCUUUGGUGUCGACGGCCGCGCUGCAAUUGGUGAAUAGCUUCCUCGACCAGCUCCUCUUCAACUUUUUGUCUGCCUCCCGCGCAACGACUCUUGCCGCUCUGCGACCAGCUGUGUCCGAAGUCUUGAAACCAAAACUCGCCAAAGAUGCUAUUAAUCAGGCUGAUGAGGAGCUGCGGGAGUACCUUGGCGGAGGUGAUGAGGAUGACCUUAUCCAGUCGCAAAGUCCGUCCUCGCAGAGGGACUGGGACCUAGAACUUGUCUGGAAGCGGACGCGGCUGAGGUGCAUGGUAUACUCGUCGCUCGGUGACAUGGAAGAGGAAGACGAAGACUACUACAUGGAGCAGGAAAAUCUCAAGCCUGCCAUGGAUGAGCGCGGCCCCGAAGUCAUCUCCCCUGCGGUCGCUAUUUUCUUGACGUCAAUCCUCGAAUACAUGGGCGAACAAGCCCUGGUCGUUGCCGGGCAAGCCGCAUACCACCGUCUACGAGCGAAGUUCGAGAAGGAGCCCAAGGAGGGCGCAAAGAGCAUUGCCGAUGUUGCUGACAGGAUUGUGGUUGAGGAGCUGGACAUGGAACGGGUCGCACUUGACAGGACUCUUGGCAGACUUUGGCGGGCAUGGAAGAAGAGGCUGCGCUCUCCUACUCUGGAAUCGCGCCCCUUUUCGCGCAAUUCUUCCGGUCAUCCCAGACAGUCCAGUACUCCGGAGGCCCGCGAGACCGCGCUCCCUGCAAAGGGCCUCGGAAUUCAAGAAGCCCCAAUCGAGGAACCCGAAAUCGACGACGUAGAGGAAUACUUGAAAGCAUCGGCCAUCCCUCUGCCGAUGGGGGAUCGCGAUGUUGAUGAGAUCGAAGUACCGGGAUUGGCUUCCUACAGCGACGACGAGGAGUCGGAUCAUGAAGGUGAAGACGAGCCGGCGGCGCAACGGCCGAAGAGUCUGAUGAUCUUUACUUCCCAGCCCAGCAAUGAUUUGCCCACCCCCACAAUGUCUCAACCUCACACGCCAACUGCUCCCUCGACUCGCAAGCGCUCAAAUUCCUUGCCGACCCCGUCGCCCUCCCCUUACACCUCGCCAAUUGUCAAACGCACCCGGGCUGAGCCAAUUGAGACUGGCUUGGUUGAUGAGCAGGCCGGCAUUCCAGAGAAGGAAAUUUCUACAGAGGCUGUGGAAGCCCUGCCAACCGAAACGCUGCCAACCCCAGACGAGGUCACUAAGCCGAUUGUAGAGCAAGAGCCGGCCGAGACUCGGGAAGAAGAGGCAAAGCCAGUCUCUGAUGAAGCCCCUGAGCCGAAGCCUCGCAACCCUAAUCGCAUAUCACAAGUUGUCGCCCCUGCCGUCGCGACUGCGGCAUCCGCAGUGACCACAGUUGCUGUUGCUUCGACAGUCAAGCCACCACAGCAGGAGACUCGAUCCGCAGAAGAAAGUGGCGAUAUUGAUGAUUUUACCGAGGAACCGGAGAUCUGCACCUCCUCUAGAGUUUCCAUCGCUGGGCGUAGCUCUCCGAGCAUCUCCGACUCCGGCAAACCUGUCGUGGUUGCUCCAAAGCUGUUGCAAAGAACACCCAGCGUCCGCUCAGCUCGCGUUGUUGACGUUCACGGGCCUAAGAGCCCUGUGACCGGCUCGAGAGCGUCUUCGGUUGACGCUUCUGACCGCUCUCAGCAGGCCAGCCUCUCCCGUGCUAACAGUGUUUCUCGCGUAACACCACCCAUCAUCGAAGAGAAGCCGAAGCCUAAGCCAGUAGAGAUUGAAACCAUUAUUCGGUCAUCGACCUCGACGCCGCGUACUCGGUCUCCCGUUGAGAAGUUGUCUCGGAGACAAAACACAAACGAGUCCAUCUCAGAAGUUGACGAGGAUGCCCAAGCUCAACCUUCACGGCUAACAUCGGCUGCGUCAACUCCAACGCCCACAGCAGGUACUCCUGCAAUCAGGUCAUCCCAGGCUAUUUUCAAUUCUUCCCAACGCACAGGGUCACCUCGUCACGAUCACACUUCAUCCGCCACUAAAGUCACCAUCUUGAGGGACACGCACAACAACGGGCCUAUCCCCGAGGAACCUUCGCCACGCCAUCGCUCUCACACGACGUCUAACGUGACUGACCGUAGUGGUGGUCGGUCAGCCAACGGAACUCACUCCCCAGCGGCGAGCAUCGGAGUCGUGACUGUUGAACGAUCUGCUGCUGCUGGACGCGACUCCCCCGAUCGCCCCAGGCACCUGCGAACCUCUGGCUCCUCUGGCUCUUCGAGCACGGGCAAGAUCCGAGCCGUCAGGACUUCCGAAGAUAGCAAGGCUUCCGGCCGUGCCGAUAAUCUCGCUCGCAACUUUGAGGAGCUCAUUCAGAGUGACCAGACCAUUCAGUACACGCUUACGCCGGAGAGCAUGCGUGACAUUGAUGGAAACCGUGCACAAAGCGCAAGUCCGGUAGUUGGGCCCAAGUCGAGGAGAAGCGAAGACGCCCGCACGGCCUUGAACGGCGAACGUAACAGGUCUGUCUCUGGAAUCGACAUCCGAAGGACCAUGUCUGUCAGCCGCGCAACCGGCUUGAAUUCGCACCCACCCGAAGCCAAGAACAAAGGUUUCGUUCCUAAGGCACCUCCUAGCACAACACUCUCUCGGUCGCGUACCGGCGGUCCACAGGCGAGAGACGCUCGAGUACCCCGCGACACUGCGAUGAACGAUUUUGCCGACUUCAUCAGGUCUACCGGCCCGACAGCUGACAACGGUCCUGCACCCCUACGGAACGUCAGCGGCCCGCCGCCGCCUGUGAAACACAGCUUGGAUUCGAGACGCAUCUCAUCAUCGAACAACCGGCCACGACUACAAGCCCGGGAUGCUGCCGUCGACAAUCGCGAGGAUAACUCGGACCUAAUCGAUUUCAUCCGACGAGGACCGCCUAGCUCGAGCAAUCCCCGUAUUCCUCGAACAGUGGCUCCAUUCCGGACAACGAUGGAUUCUGACCAGAUGUCGGGUGCUGUGGGUGGCAAAGCUGUUGAUGCCAGCUUGCCAGACAUUCGAUACAGUCAAGCGUCGACCAACGUGACGGAUAUCACCCAGCCCUCUGUACAGUCGUCGAUCAACUCCCAGAGCGCUCUUCUCAAGAACCGUCCCAGUGGCAACGGCUUUGACGACGACGAAAUGAUGCCCAAGCGCACGAGACGUCGCGUGCGCGAUCCGUACGCCAUCGACCUUAGCGACGAAGAUGAGGAGGAUUACGCGCAAGCUGUCCGGCCUCCCCCAAAGAAGGAGGAGAGCCUGGCCGACUUUUUGAAGAACUACUCGCCGCCGCCCGAACCCGCUGCCGCCCCUCAUAACGUUCCCAAGAGGAAGGCGAGCGCUCCCAGUCUUAUUGGACGCUUCUCCAGAAAGGACAGCAGUGCGGGCUCCAACAGCGCAAAACCAGCCAAGGUUGACAGUCGGUCCUUGAACAGCCGCGCUGGAGGUGCGCAUGGUCACGUUCCAAUCCAAGUCAACGCUCCUGGUCAGGACAAGUACGGGGCUGCUGACGCUACCGCCAGCCGUGGAGCCAUGCAUUCCUCGGGACGCGUGCCGAUGAAGAAGUUUGAGCCAAGGGAGGCCGUUUCGUCCACGAGCCGCACUAACGACCUGGCCUCAUUCCUUCGCAGCUCCGAGCCGCCACAGAUGACGCCUGCGGCCCGUGCCGCUACCGGAGAGCCUCAGCAACAAAGCAGCGGUAGCAGCUUUUCCAAGAUGUUUGGUCGCCGGAAGAAGUCGAGCUUGGCUUAGUUGCCCAAGCCGCGUCGGCGCGGAGCCACGACCUGAAUGAAGAUCACGACCUCUCCAUCAAGUAUGGAGAAAAUUACAACAACCAUAUAGCGCCUGUUCGUCAUAUUGUCACGCAAGAAAUCUGUCACCUGGUCAUGAUUGCCCCGGGGGUGAAUUCGGCACAUAGCCGAGCCCGGGUUGCCCUGUUUGGUUCUACCUUUUUGUUUCUACACACUUGUGCCUCGCGCUCCAUGUUUUGAUACCACUCUUCCCAAAGACGGGAUAGGAUUUUGUUCAUUUCUUGAGCGGUUCCGACCAAGGACCCUUAGGUAGUCUUUGGCAUCGUUUUCUUUGGAUAAUAGGACCCUUGAUGGACUCUUGACAGUUUACUUGGGCAGCGGAAGACGAGUCUGGAAGCAUUCUUAGUUAGAUACGCAAAAGCGGUCAACAAUACAAAGCAUGCUUCUCUGAUAUUCUUCUCUUGAUAUUAUUAACUCAUGGCUUGGGAUUGAGAUUUGGUAAGUCAAAGGACAACUGACCCUUACACAGUAGAUAUUGGCGGUUGCCAAGGCAGGGGUGGAUGGUGGGCCCUGUCCGCAGACUUGAUAGUCUUCAAGAUGGUGCUAAUUAUGCACUCGUCGACUGGCAGGCCGGGGGUGACCUGAAGCGGC